AUGGCGGACGUGAAUAAGAUUUCAUUUGCCAGAUUGAACAAUCAAAACUGGCAAAUAUGGAAGUUUCGAAUGGAAAUGAUGUUAACGCGUGAAGAAUUAUGGUACGUCAUCGAAGAUGAAAAACCAGAAACGGUGUCGAAACAGUGGACGCGAGACGACAAGAAAGCUCGUGCCACUAUCGGAUUGUUUAUUGAUGACAAUCAGUUCGGUUUAGUGAAAAACGCGAACAGUGCGAAAAAGUUCUGGGACAACUUGCGAGAAUACCACGAGAAGAACACGGUUACCUCGCGAGUGUCUCUGUUGAAGAAGCUUUGCAGUCUGAAUCUGCAAGAAGGAAGUGAUCUCGAGAAUCAUUUAAUGGUGUUAGACGAUCUGUUCGAUCGAUUGAUGAACGCGGGAUUGAACUGCAAGAAUCCCUUCGAAUCGCAAUGA